GCCAGUGACUCGUCUACGCGUCAAUCAACCUCAAGACUGAGUUGAGAGAGAAUCAAAAUGUGUUUAAUUAACAGCAGAGAUGAAAAUGCCAACAUUAAUACACAAGGUUUUGGUGGGGAGGGGGCAGCGGCCCAUGUUAGACAGACGGCAGAACUCACCAGCAACUGGACGGAACCAAGAUGUACUCCCCGCUCUCUCCUGACAAAGUGUGGGUCCCACUGCUCAGCUUCACGCUCCUCUUCCUCCUCGUGGCGCAAGCUGCAAAAUGCCCAGAGCAGUGCGUAUGCGACCAGAUCCAGCUCGCCGUCACCUGUGUCAACAAGAACUUGACUGAGAUUCCGCCCACUGUGGACGAGAUUACAGUGAAAUUUGACCUUCGAGGGAACGACAUCCAAGAACUCCCCACCGGAGCGUUCCAAAAAACCCCGUAUCUCACUCACCUAUCUUUGCAACGCUGCAACAUCCGUAGGGUGAAGGAGGGCGCGUUCAGAGGCCUCGGCCGUCUAGUCUUCCUCAACCUGGCAAGCAACCACAUUGACAUCUUGUACCAGGAGUCUUUCGACGGUCUGUCCUCAUUGAAGCAGCUCAUGAUAGACCGGAACCGCGUUGAGGAGAUCCAGCCCGGAGCCUUCUCCCAGCUCGGCUUCCUCAACCUGCUCUCGCUUACGCACAACCAUCUUGUCUACAUCCCUAACAUGGCCUUCCAGGGCUUACUGAACAUCAAGUGGCUUCGCCUCAGUCACAACUCCCUGAACUACUUGGACAUUGAAGCCUUCGCCGGCUUGUUCACUCUCAACCGGCUCAGCCUGGACCAUAACGAGCUGCAGUUUUUCCCAACUGAGACCAUGACCAGAUUGCCAGAAGUGACCCGCCUGGAUUUGAGCUACAAUCCCAUGACGUACCUGGGUGAAGAGUCUGUGUCAAUGGCCAAGCUGAGCCACCUCUUCCUGGAUCACAUGUCCCUGCAGGAUCUGGCCAACACGGCCAUAUCCAAGUCUCCCAAUCUCAUCCACUUGGAUCUCAGCCAUAACCAGCUGCGUGUCAUGCAACCCUUCUCGGACGGCACCCCUAAGCUGGCCCGGCUCCACUUGGCCGGAAACCCCAUUUACUGUAACUGCUACAUGCGUCCGCUCAGGUACCAGCAAGCCUCGCUCAGCACACAAAUCUCAGUGGACUCCACUCGACUUGUCUUUUCUCUGUGUUACAGGGAGUGGGCCAUCCGUAGUAAGGUGAAGCUGAUAGGAACAUGUGCAGGACCGUUACACCUCUCCGGAGAAAUCCUCGAAGCGGUCCAUCCUCCGGAGCUGCGCUGUCAAAGCCAGGAGGCCAUGCUGAAGGCCGAGUUUGAGGAAGCUAGUAGAAGAGCGCCGCCACCCACUGAGGCGCCGGAGAACAAAGCCAAGUGUCCCGCUAACUGCGCCUGUGAGGCUGAGGCAUACCAUUCCUCCUGUGAGAACCGCGGUCACUCCAAAAUUCCUCGGGGUUUCUCUCCGGACACACGCCUCCUCGACCUGCGCGGCAACAACUUCCACUACGUCCCGAGCAACAGCUUCCCCGCCGUCUCUCAGGUGGUGUCGCUGCACCUGCAGCGCUGCAAAAUUGUCGAGGUGGAGGACGGAGCUUUCAAUGGCAUGAAGGGCCUCAUCUACUUGUACCUCUCAGAGAAUCUCAUCUCAUCCCUCAGGCCUGAAGCAUUUAAAGGACUCCCUCAGCUGACUUACCUUCACCUAGAGAAGAACAACUUCACCAUUUUCCCAAAAGCGGCCUUUAAACUGCUUCCGGGACUCCUUGCGCUUCAUUUGGAGAACAACUCUAUUUCCAAACUUGAGGCGAAUGCCCUGGAUGGCACUAAGAGCCUCAGAGCCCUCUACCUCACCGGAAACGCUGUUGACCACGUAUCACCCAAGGCUUUGGAGCACGUGCCCGACCUUGAUACGCUACACCUGGCAGGGAACAAGCUGAAAGAAGUGCCCACUGAAGCCUUGAGCAAGCUGGGGAACAUGAAGGACCUGAGGUUGUCAGGGAACGCCAUUCGGUGGGUUGGCCCAAAUGCUUUUCAGCCUUUGGGAAAAUCACUGAAGGAGCUUUAUUUGGAUAAUAUGGCAUUGGAGAAGAUGUCUCAAAGCUCACUGGCAGGCUUGGGUCCAGGUUUGAGGAGUCUCUUCCUGGAGGGGAACCAUCUGGAAGAGGUGCCGGACCUCCGUCAGUUCACCUCCUUGGAGGUCAUCAACCUGGCGGACAACCCUUUGAUGUGUGACUGCCCUCUGCUGCCACUACGCCUCUGGAUUGAGAAAGUCAACCUAAAGGUGCGAGCCACCUGUGCCAACCCGCCUGAGCUGAGGGGCCGCAGAGUCAAAGACGUCCAUGUUUUCAAGGCAUGUCCAGGAGGCGAUUCACUCCCUUCUGUUCCCAGUGUUGCCACAAAGCGUAGCAAGACGCCCAAGGCCACCAAACCGAAGCCGAUGCACCUCAGCAGCAGAGUUAAGCAGGGUAAGAUGCACAAAAGCAAAUCCAAUCUUCGCAAGAAUCCAAAGACAAAAGGGGCCAAGAAAACAAAGAGACUGAGCAUGGCGUGAACCUUAACCAAAGCUACUUUAGUUUCAUGUUUGCAGUAUGAUGUGCUCGGAUGAAAAUAGGUGUUCAAUCUUCAUAGCGCCAUUAGAUGGACAUUCUCUGUGAAGGUAAUGCUUUUUUAAAAUUUUGACCAUUUGAAGUGGUCAUCAAAACACAACUGACAAUUGCCCUGUUGCUGGCAAGCACUUCAAUUGAUUUGCAAGUAGAAAUAGUCAAGUGUGAAAUAAAAGAAAAAAAACAAGUAAAUCUUUUAUCUGCUUAUUUUGGAAAAUGACUCUCAGAGGGAACGGAUAUGUACUCUCACUUUGCUCAAAGCAGCGAUGAAUCAAGCUUGAAUUGCACCCUGUGCAAGAUAAUCAGACACAGACAAUACAAUUGAUCUCAAGAUUUUUUAAGACAUUGACUUAUAAACAAAUUACAGUUUUUUUUCCAUGUAUAAUGCGCCCCCAUGUAUAAUACGCACCCUAAAAAUGGCAUGUCAAUGCUGGAAAAAAGCCUGUACCCAUGAAUAAUACGCACCCAAAUUUUAGCUUAUUUUUAUUUUAAAGUCCCAAUGAUAGUCACACACGCAUCUGGGUGUGGUGAAAUUUGCCCUCUGCAUUUGACCCAUCCCCGCGUGAUUUUGAUCCAUCCCCUGGGAGAGAGGGCAGCAGUGAGCAGCAGCGGCGCCGCGCUCUGGAAUCAUUUUGUGAUCUAACCCCCCCAAUUCCAACCUUUAAUGCUGAGUGCCAAGCAAGGAGGCAAUGGGUCCCAUUUUUAUAGUCUUUGGUAUGACCCGGCCGGGUUACUUAAGUCCGUAAAGUAAAAUUAUUUCAGAAAAAAGAUCAUCUUUGGGAACAACCGGAUGUUAUUCUGCCGGUCAGUAUGACUGCGCAUGCAGUAGCAAACUCGAUAGCAAAGAAAUAUGUGAGACUCUCAACGGGAUCACCAAUAUUUGAGUGAUGUUCCAGUUAUUUAUCACAAUUAUUUAUUAUUCACAAUUGUCAUGGUGAUCUUUCUGGUGAUUUCUUAACUAGGCUGGAUGUAUUUUUUUUGUUGGCGUUGAUUUCUCCGAAUGCCCAGAAAGGCACCACCGCGAUCAGUUAGGUUAAAAUGAAAAGAGAGGAAAGUGACGUUGUAAAGCACCAUCCGUGACAAGAUUUUCUUCAAAAAUUGUUGUACCAUGAUUUUCUUCAAAAAAAAAAAUAAUUGUGCAUUAUACAUGGAAAAAAACGGUACACAGUAA